AUGAAAGUCUCUAGCUAUGAUUCAUACACUGAAGAGUACAAUAAAGCAAAAAAGCAAUACAAUUACUAGACAGAAGGCGAUGAAGAUGAUGAAGAAGAAGAUAAAGAGUAAUUAGUAUCGCAUAAUUUGAAUAAAGACCAUUAUGGAAAUCAUGAAAUGUACGAAAGCUAUGGAAAUAAUGUAGAUUAUGAGAGUUAAGAUUCAAAUUAAGAGAGUGAAGGAAUAUUAGAUUAUAUUUAUAAAAGACAAAUGACUUAGGGAUAAGAAGAAGAUUUUUAAGAGGAAAACAUAAAAUAUUUAGAAGAAGAGGAAAAGUAAAUGAUAGAUAGUGGAUUGUAGCAGUAAAAAUAACAAUUUAAAUAAACAGAAUAAAUAUUUGUAAAUAAAAAGAACUAAGAAAACUUACCACACUAAAACUUUGAUGACAUUAAGCAUAAAAUGAAUUAGAAAAUUUCUUAAGCUCCUUAAAAAUUUUAAAAGCAAAAUUAUGAAGAAUCCGAAAUACCUUAAGGUGCAAUAUUAAAAACAGUUUAGAACAACAGAACAAACAAUAAAAAAUAGAUUUAAUAAAUAGAGCAAAUAACUAAAUAAAUUUGUUAGUUUUGCGAUUGGAAUAUUUCUAGGAUAAAGUUUUUAAGAGAAAAUUUACAUAUUAGGUAUUUUGAAGCAUUUAAUUUUUAUUUUGCUAAACCUAUAAAUGAGAUUUUAGCAAAUUAUGCUUUACCUCAUGUAAUUACUUUAAAGGAUUAUACUUACUUCUACGAUGAAAACGAGUAUUUAAAAAGAUACUAUCGAGUAGAAGAAGUGCCUCCGAGACUUGCUGUUUUAACUAAUUUUUUUACAAACUCAUACAAAUAGACAAGGCCUAAUUUGAUAGUUACGAAUUAAUACAAGGUAAUUUAAAAGAGAAAUGUUAAGCAAGCAAGGUUAUUCAUGCGUCAAGUAGCUAAAAAUGUGAAUAAUGGAAUUGGUUAUAAUGUAAAUAACAAUAUUUAUAAUAAGGAUGAUUCUAGUGAUAGCGAAGGUUAUUCCUCAGAGAAAAAUAAUGAUUCUAAUUAAGCAGGAGCUAAUAGCAAAGGAAGCAAAAAGAAAACCAAUCUGCCUUCAAAAGUGCUUUAUAGUCAUCUUUCUUAGUCUAUGGGACUCUCCUAAAACUAAUCAAAUCAAUCAGAAGAAUAGUCUAAUUCUUAGAAUUACCAAGAAUAUGAUAAUUAUAGAAAUUUUAUUAUGCAAAUGAGCUUCGAGACAUCAACUCAUGACAUAUAUUACCCAUCAUUUAGCAACUCAAAAAUGAAUAUCGAAAAUGCUUAAUCAAAAAAUAAAAUAGUUUAGGAAUCUUAAUAAAAAUAUAAAAGUAUUAGACUCAGCUAAGAAUCAAAUUCAUAAAAUUAAAAUAAAAUAUUUAAUUAAGAGGAUGAAGAAAGAUAGGUUUAAAUUACUGAUUUCAAUUCAAAUCUGCAAAAAGAUAAAAAGCAUGAUGAUUAAAAUGAGUUUUAAGGGGAAAACGAGUAAAAUCCCAGACUUCUAGAACUUAUUGUAGGAGAUGAUAAGAGUGUUUAAUUUGAAAAAUAGGAAAUAUAAAAUACGUAAUAGAUUAAACUAUAGAAAAGUAAUAUUUAAAAUAUAAAUUAGAUCAUAGAAUAAAUGUAAAUGCAAGGAAUAUAAAAUUAUCAUAAUUUGUUAGAUAUAGAUUAAGAAGCAUUAACAUAGAAUAUUAAUAUAAGGGAUUAAUACUUAAAUAAAAAUUCUAAUAAUAAUUAUGAUCCGUCCAAGAGAAUUAGCACUUUAAUAUCUCAAAGCAGCGCCACUUAACCCAGCCAACUAAAUGCAUUUAAUACAAAUAAUUAUAUAAUUGGAACAAAUUGGUAAAAUUUGCCAGCAAACCCAUAGCUUCAAAGUACUUAAAAAUAAUUUGAUAAGUUAAAUUUGCAAGAGCUUCAUUUAGGAAGUAAUGUGGUUUACGUGAAUUCGAUAAAUACAGAAGGAAGGAGCUCAGAACCAAGUAUUUAGCCCACAUUUAGAGAUGGGUUUAUGUUGCUAAAUAAUCCACACUAUUAAAAUGAAAUUUACAGAAAUUCUAAUUCAUAACUUCCACUAAAUAUAUAGGAUUUAUAAUCAAAUACUUUUCCUUUUUAACAAACACAAUUACUAGGUUAAUCAAUAGAAGAUUAUAACAAAACUGAUCCUCAAAGGAUUAAACAAAAUGAUUCGAAUAAAAAGUAAAACAGCUAGCAAAAAUCUGUUUAGUAAGUUCAGCAGUAUAUUCUUUCUCAGAUUAAAAAGCAGCAUGACUUUCUUAAUAUGGGAAGAAAUUAACAAGCAACUUUAUCAACAUAAAAUUCAUAACAUCCUUUUUACACAUCUUUGUCUCCAGAUAUAAAAGAUAAAAAAGAAAUAUCUUCCAGCAACUAAAAAUAGCUAAAACCGAGUAAAGUUAACCAUGCUUAUACAAAUGAAUUUAAUGAGGGAAAAGCAAAAUAAUAUAACAGUGGAAAGCCUGUCUAAAAUAGUAGUAGAAAGUUGCUUACAGAAAGAAAUUUCACAGAAAUUAACUUAGGAUCCAUCUUUGAAAAGCUAAAACUCUCAAAUAGACUUGCGAGCUUAGAAAAUAAAUAAACUUAAAUAAAUUAAAGUCAUAAUUAAGAAAAUUUCAUCUAAAAAAUUACUAACAGUAGUUAAAGCAGAAAUAACAGCACAAAAAAGAAAAAUAGUAAACAAAGUGAAGUAUAUGCAAAUAAACCUUUAUCAAACGAUAUAUCGCCUAUUGGUUAUACACCUAGAAAUUUUAAAAAGAAAAAUUUUAAUUCAAAAGAAGAUCCUAGCUUAAAAUAUAUUCAUUCUGAACAAAGUCCUGAAUUGAGCAAAAAAUUGUCUCACAUUAAUAGCUUAAUAGCUAAAACUCAAGUUGGUGAUAAAAAAAACAGUGUUAGUUAAAACCAUCUCAAUAAUAAUAACAACAACAAUAACAGUUCUCUAAAAAAACAUAAUAAUUCUAGUAAGGUGAGAGAUCAAACUUCAUUUGAGGUUUUAUCUGGAAGGGUUUCUGUGAGUCCAGCUCAAAAUCCUUACAAAAACUAAUUAUAAGGAAAGACAUCAAGUAGUUAAGCUCAUUAGCUAACAACAACGUUAGAUCAUUCUUAAUAAGUGAAUAACUCUGUAAUAAACUAACUCAUUAAAGAUUCCAUAAAUACAAAAUCUUCUAAUAAUAUAACAACAAGAAUAUCAAACAUUUCUAAUUUGAGGAAUAAAAUUAUUAGUGCUGGAGAGUAAAAAUCUUCUAUGAAUAGUCCAAGUAGGAUAUGCACAGAUCGUGAUACCUAAAACCCUCGUUUAAAAUAAAGCAAAUCUCCUUCUCUUAACAGUCACGGAGUUAUUUCUAAAAUCUCAUAGAAAAAAGCUCAGUACAAAAGAAGCUCUAACAACAAGCUUAAUGGAUAAAACUCUCAUUUGUAUCAAAAAUAAAAUACAAACAAUGUAGUACACAGCAAUUAUUACUAAAGAGGAGAUGAGCAAACAAAUUACACUCAAAUAAAUCCUAAUAAUAGCAUGAAUAAUAUAACUACAAAUUGUAACUCAAUAAGCUAAAAUCAGAUUCUUCCUUAGACUUAACAACAAGAAAAUUCUUCUUGUAAUUUACAACUUUAACUUUUACAGCAAAUAAAAUAAAAUCUAGCAGCUGCUUCUAACACUAAUAAUAAUUCUGGAGCUCACAUUCCAUCUCAUCAUGGAAGUGUCCCUUAAGUUUAACAAAGCCAUUUCGGAAUUAAUGGUAAUUCUUAAUUAGUAUCUCAUCAUGGUAAUAGCCCCUCACAUCCAAAUUAAAAGAGCUCAAACAAAACACUUUCAUAAAAGAUUUUAACUAAUGCUUUGACUAACACAAUAAAUAAAUUUUACAAAAAUGCUUUAAAAAAUGGGGAAACAGAAUAAAUAAAAGACAAUGCUGCUUAAGUUAAUAUGUAACAAAAUUAAAAAAGUAGCUUAGCAAAUUAAUAGAAUAGGAAUAAUUAAUCUCCAUAAUAAAAUUUAUAGAAUCCUUAGUUUUUCCAGAAUUCUUCACAAGCAGCUUAAUACACAGUAGAGAGUGAUUAAUCCCCUCGCUUAGUUCAAUAAUCAAUUUAAAAUUAUUAAAAAUAAAAUGUUAAAAAAUAAUAAAAUAGCGGACAAACAAGAAUUUAGACUAAGAUAAAAGGCAUACAGAGUGAUGAUAUUUCUUAAAAAUUUAUUAAAAGUCUAUGCAAAUAAAGGGUAAAGUAGAAAGAUUCGAUUGGAUCUUAAAACCAGAUUUCUGCCAACCUAGAAACUUUAAACUCUGCUAGAAAUUCAAGUAUAAUAAAGGUAUAAGAUUAUAAAGUAAAUAACUAAAAUGGAAACAUUCCUGUUUAUGGAGCAAUAGGAUCCUAGCAAUAGUAAAUGUAAAUAAAUGCAGCAGAUAGCAAGAAAAAGUAAUUGCAAAUGAGACAGAAAGGUAGCAAUGGGAUAUAAAAUAAUGCAAUUACUACUAGCUUAAAUGGUAUGGUUAGUAACCAAUCAAUAAAUUCAUCUGUAAAUAAUAUUAAUUCAAUUAUUGGGAGCUCAAAUUAUAUAAAUAAUCUAACCUCUAACAACACUGCCCAAACUAAUGCUAAUGCUAAUUAAAGUUAAAAAAUAAAUAAUUAAAAAUCUUAGAAUCCAAGCAAUUUUAACAGUAAAAAUAGCAAUCAUCCUACAAAUUUGUAAAAUUAGAAUUAUAACCUUAUUUUAAAUCCAUCAAUAAUAAAUGGAUAGACAAAUGUCAAUGGAAUAAGCAGUAAUCCUUCGUUAAAUGCGUUUUAACAAUAAAAUUAACAUUUAACUAAUUCUUAGGUUUUAUAGUAACUGCAAACACUAAAUCAGCAAUAUGCCAACCUUGAUAGCAAUUAUAAUAGUAACAAUUAAGCUAAUCAUUAGAGGAUUGAAAGUAUUAAAAAAGUUAAUAGUCCUAGAUAAAGCUAGCCAUUAAUUAAGCCUCCACAAAAUAUCAACUAGCAGCUAUCUAACAGCUCUUUAAUCAACCAUAUUUAAAAGUAAUCAGAUUAGCGAAUAUUUAAAACUGAAGCUCCAUAUCAGAGUGAAGACAGCUAAAUUUAGAUAAUGAAUUCUUAUAAAAAUUUAUUAAAUUAAAAUAGCUAAAAUAUAAAUAAUUAAAUUUAGUAAAAUAGCAAAUAAUAAUAAUAAUAAUAAUAAUAAUUAAAUUUGGAGAUACUUAGCAGUCCUCCUUCAAAUAAUAACUAGCAAAUUCCCUAUAACUAAACAUCUAAGAAUGAUUAAUUAAAAAUUAAGAACUAAAUCGGAGUAACUCUGUCACCUGAUAGGAUAAAGGAACAAAAGAAAAAAAUAAUUCAAAAUAAUGAUGAUAAUAAAAAUCAUUUUAAUUCGCAAAUAAAUGGGCAAUUCUAAUUAUAGACAUAGUUAGCCUAGGCUAAAAAAAUAUAAGAUGAAUUUUAAUUGGGUAAUGGGUUUUACACUUAAAGAAAUAAUGGCAAAAACAGAAAAAAAUCUAAUGAGCAUUUAGGAAGUAAUUAAAAAUUCAUAUAGUCAAGCAGGGGAAGCUACUAAGGACAUUAUGCUGACUUAAGUGCUUGGAAGCAUAAUAGUAUUUCUAAAUAAGGCAGUGAAAACUAACAAAAUCCAGUAAAUACAAUUAGUUAAUAAGAAUCUAAUUAACAAUCGAAAUUACUAAACACAUCUCCAAAUAGACCAAUUCAAUAAUAAUAAUUGAAUUAAUAGCAUGAAAUUUAUAAUUAGCAUUAUUAAGUAAGUAACGGUAAUGGAAAUUCAGGUCCCUUAAUGCAGUAGCAAACAGCUACUUUACUUAACCAAAAAAUAAAACAACUCAGUUAAAAGUUUUAAAUUUAAUGA